ACACGAGGCGCCCCGAAGUGGCGGUCAAGCUUGAGGCGUCAUCCGGCUGCGCCUAGUGGGCCGUUGCCUUACAAUUGUUGCGAGGAGGCGAGAGGCGGGGACGCUGGGGCCAAGAUCAUGUCUGACUGGGAGAGGUUUCCUUGGCAGCAGAGGACGCUAGGUUUGGGAUGAAAGAAGCUGGGCAGAUGCAAAAUCUGGAGAGCGCGAGGGCCGGGCGGUCAGUCAGCACCCAGACUGGCAGCAUGACAGGUCAGAUACCAAGGCUUUCUAAAGUCAACCUUUUCACUCUGCUCAGCCUCUGGAUGGAGCUCUUCCCAGCAGUAGAAGCCCAGAAGCAAAAAUCUCAGAAAAAUGAAGAGGGAAAGCAUGGACCCUUAGGAGAUAAUGAAGAGAUGGCCAGAGUAUCUACUGACAAAAAACAGGUAAAGAGAACUGGUCUUGUGGUGGUGAAAAACAUGAAAAUUGUUGGUCUCCACUGUUCUAGUGAAGAUUUACAUGCCGGGCAGAUUGCUCUUAUUAAACACGGGUCAAGGCUGAAAAACUGUGAUCUUUAUUUUUCCAGAAAACCAUGUUCUGCUUGUUUGAAAAUGAUUGUAAAUGCUGGAGUUAACCGAAUUUCAUAUUGGCCUGCUGAUCCAGAAAUAAGUUUGCUUACUGAGGCUUCUAGUUCUGAAGAUGCAAAGUUAGAUGCCAAAGCAGUGGAAAGAUUGAAGUCAAAUAGUCGGGCCCAUGUGUGUGUCUUACUUCAACCUUUGGUGUGUUAUAUGGUGCAGUUUGUAGAGGAGACCUCUUACAAAUGUGACUUUAUUCAAAAAAUUACAAAAACAUUGCCGGAUGCUAACACUGACUUUUAUUAUGAAUGUAAACAAGAAAGAAUAAAAGAAUAUGAAAUGAUAUUUUUGGUUUCAAAUGAAGAAAUGCAUAAGCAAAUACUGAUGACUGUAGGUUUGGAGAACCUGUGUGAAAAUCCAUACUUUAGCAAUCUAAGGCAAAACAUGAAAGACCUUAUCCUACUUCUGGCCACAGUAGCUUCCAGUGUGCCGAACUUUAAACACUUCGGAUUUUACUGUAGCAAUCCAGAACAAAUUAAUGAAAUUCACAAUCAAAGUUUGCCACAAGAAAUUGCAAGGCACUGCAUGGUUCAGGCCAGGUUAUUGGCAUAUCGAACUGAGGAUCAUAAAACAGGAGUUGGGGCAGUCAUUUGGGCAGAAGGAAAAUCUAGAAGUUGUGAUGGAACAGGUGCCAUGUACUUCGUAGGAUGUGGUUACAAUGCUUUUCCUGUUGGAUCUGAGUAUGCUGACUUCCCACACAUGGAUGACAAGCAGAAAGACAGAGAAAUAAGAAAAUUCAGAUACAUCAUACAUGCGGAACAGAAUGCCUUGACAUUUAGGUGUCAAGAAAUAAAACCAGAAGAAAGAAGCAUGAUUUUUGUGACAAAGUGCCCAUGUGAUGAGUGUGUACCUUUAAUUAAAGGUGCAGGCAUAAAACAAAUAUAUGCAGGAGAUGUAGAUGUUGGAAAAAAGAAGGCAGAUAUCUCUUACAUGAGAUUCGGGGAACUUGAAGGUGUUAGCAAAUUUACGUGGCAGCUGAAUCCAUCAGGAGCUUAUGGUCUUGAACAAAAUGAGCCUGAAAGGAGAGAAAGCUGAAACAAGUGCCCAUGGGUUUGAAAUGAAGCUGUCCUGACCUAGCGUUAUUCUCAAUGCUAGACGGUGUGUUGAGAUCCGUCCCACAGAAGGAAGAGCAGCACCAGGACAAGAAGCUGCGCCUCGGAAUCCACUAAGAAGGCCUGUCUACACUUCAGGGGAGCCUCAAGAACUUUCAUUGCACUUCUAAAAUUCAGCCUUGUUCAUUCAGAAAAUAAGGAUGGAUUUUGUGAAUAAUUGAAAAGAUUUUUUAAGGAAACUAAUUUAUUUCUAGGAUACAAAUGGUGUUAAUCAGAAUAUUUGUAUUUUAGAUUUAUGUGUGGGUUUUCCAUAAUGUAGCAGUGUGUUAUUUUAUUACACAAAAUGAGGGAGCAAUAACUUAAACAAAUGUAAUCACAAGUAGGGACUGAUUUCUAUUUAUCUUGACUUUAUAUUAGCCAAUUUGAAAGGGUCUGCUUCACAGGAGGUCACGCCUCUGCAGGGAAUCACACACCUUUUGAGAAAUAUUAAUUCUUUUGAAUUACAAGAGUGACAGUUAGUAAACUGUUCCAGGGAAAUAAAAGUAUCAUCUUUAAGAGUCAGUGUAUAGCAAACCAAAAGGUCACAUUUAUACCCAAAGCUUUCUAGUAAUCUGAAUUUAAUUAAUUAGGACUCACUCAUAAAAAUAAAGUUAGUGGACUUGGUCACCAUUUUUAAAGUAUAUUUUGUAAAUGUUAAUUUUUCUUAAAUAUUUUCAUAUGUAGAAUCACAAUAAUGUGUUGGACUGUGAUCCUGUUUAUCACAGAGUUUGGGUAGCAAGAAGAAGAGAGUGUUAUCUGAUACAGUGUUGCUGCUUGAUCACUGACUCUUGAAAUCACUAACAGUGAACCUCAAAUUUGGUUAUGAUGUUAACAGAGAAGAAAUAUUUGAGUCUGAGAUAUUGAAACUAACCUUCCUAGAAUUCCAUUAAUAAAUGCUGCUUCCCAUAUAAUCUUCCCCUCCAUAUAAUUAGCACAGGUUGUCUCAUGGCUUUGAUCUUAAAAGGGAAGAGCCUUUUAAAAACAUUUGCAAACCUCAAGAAUAAAUACUAAAAGUCUUGAAAGUGUGGUCAUUUCAGCUAUUCCAGAUUGCUCUCUCUGAUUUCUCACAUUCUUAUUUGCUAAAAAAACUUUCAGAAAAUCAAUUCCAAAAAUGAAGGUACAUGUUCUGUUCUCUCCUAGGUUAGAGAGGGAGUGGCCUGGGGUACUUCAUGAGAAACGGCUCGCUGGUUCUGUGUGGUCAGGUUUGCCUCUGCUUUUGUUCCCUGCCUUUCCAUGAUAUCACAUGGCCUCACUGGGCUUCAUAACAGUUUCUCAGAAUUACACACAAGACUAUCCAAAUGUUUCAUGCCAGGGCUAUGACUGCAGCCUGUGUCGGUCCAUGGGGAGUUCAGAGUCAUCAUACCAGGCAGCCAAGAACUGCCGUAAGCACUACACAGAUGGAGGGCAUGGGAUAGGGCGGGAGAAGAGGCAAGGUACACUUAGAGGUAACUAAGGCUAGUUUGAAAACCACGAGUUGAGAUAUUCUUAUCAGUAUAAACACACUGAGAUUGCUUACCUCAAAAUUGCUUUAUUAUAUUAACUCUCGUGCUUCAGCUCUUGGAUUUGUUAUUUCUUACUAACAUGUCAAGUACACCAAACAUUUUAUAAAUCAGUCAGCAAAUAAUUUGUAAGACCCAAAAGCCUGGCAUACUGCCAGGUGUGUGGAUUUGUGUGUUGGGUGUUGAGAUGGGAUAUGAGAGGAAGAAGCAUAUAAAUGGGAAAAACCUGUGUUUAGAACGGAAAAUUUGGUAUUUCCACAGUACUAUUAAGAGAGUAGUGAUAAUGUCAUUUUUUUUUUUUCUGUACAACUGGUCAGAUUUCAAUAAAUAAUCAUUGACAGUUUA